AAACGAGAAGCAGCAUCUGUGAGAGUUUCAGGGCGCCUGUACUAGAUCCAGCCAACAUGGUGCGCUUCGAACGGUUUGAGGUUGAGCAGUGGAUGGACACUUAUGAAACAACACCCGGGGUCCUCAACGUUGCUGAAACAUGCGCUGAAUCCGUCUCCAUUGACGAGCUAAUGCAGCUCUCCGAGGACAAGGCUGUGAAUCCGCUACGAACCAGCACCGUGCUCACAUACGGCGCCAUUCGCGGAUCGUCGACGUUGAGGGAACGCAUCGCGGCGCUCUACGAAGGGGACCAGCUGUCGGCCGAAAAUGUCAUCAUCACCCAGGGCGCCAUCGCAGCCAACUUUUUAGUGUUUUAUGGCUUGAUCGGGCCUGGAGACCACGUCAUUUGCGUGUAUCCCACGUACCAGCAGCUCUUCUCCGUCCCCGAGAGUCUUGGAGCAGAGGUUUCGCUUUGGCGCUUGCGGCCCGAGCAGGGCUUUGUGCCUGAUGUGGAUGAGCUGGAGAAGUUGGUCAAGGCAAACACCAAGAUGAUUGUCAUUAACAACCCCAACAACCCUACCGGGGUGCCCAUACCCAGAGAUGUCGUUUAUAAGAUUGUGGACUUUGCCAAGGCCAGGGGGAUCAUGAUCCUUUCUGAUGAGGUCUACCGCCCGCUAUUCCACGACGGAAUAGAAAACAAUACAGCCAUGCCGCCGUCGGUCGCAGACUUGGGCUUUGAAAAAGCCAUUGUAACAGGAUCUCUAUCCAAGGCGUACUCUCUUGCCGGUAUCCGGGUGGGCUGGAUUGCGUCAGGCGACAAGGCCAUCGUCGAGAGACUGGCCGAGGCGCGGCACUACACGGCAAUCAGUGUAUCGCAGCUAGACGACCAGGUGGCAAGCUAUGCGCUCUCCCCGGCCGUGCGCGGGCCACUGCUAAAGCGGAAUAUCCAGCUGGCAAAGCGAAACGCCGACAUGCUCAAGGCAUUCGUGGAGGCGCACUCCUCACUCUGCUCUUGGGUGGCGCCAAGCGCCGGAACAACGGCAUUCAUCCAGUUCCAUGUGGGAGGCGCGCCGGUGGAUGAUGUGGCCUUUUGCCGCGACGUCCUGGACAAGACCAAAGUCUUUUUCGUGCCCGGAUCUCACUGCUUUGGACGGGGCCAGGACUUUGCAGGCUAUGUAAGAGUCGGCUUUGUUGGAUCUACAGCAGUGUUGGCAGAAGCGCUGCAGAAACUGGGGGUCUAUGUAGAGCAGAACCUGGGCCAAUAAGCCGCGACUGAAGCAGGAUUUGUCACCUGGCUUUGUUCCGCAUCAGGCAAGCAUGGAAUCAGAAGAGCCUCAGCCACAAAGCAGCCUUCUAUUUUUAUACGAGUAGUAGUUCUACAGUAGUGUACAGCCAGCUGAGUGUCUUGGACAGUGGGUGGCUGCAUUGAUCUGUGUUAGGUAACUGGUAACAUGGGCAUCCGAGUUUUGGCG